UCGUGCUGCCGGAGCGGCACUCUCGGAUUGGAGACCGAUGCAAGUCAGACUGCUAACCCGUCCAAAAUAAAUGAAACACAAAUGUCAUACGGUGAAAUGUAAAGACAUUUGGAAGCGCGGAAGUCCUCGUCUGAAGCCGCCACAGCGGGCUGGGUUUGUGGGUAACCCGCCACCCAGCCUGCCUGCCUGCAGGGGAUGCGAGCAGAACCGUCGGGGGAACCAAUGCGUGUGUCGGAGGAGACAAGCAGGGCGCAUCGGAAGGGAGAGCUUAGAAAGCAACUGUUUUGACUUCGAGAACAUUUAUCUUUUGACAGUAGAAAGAAAUGCCCGCCAACAUUUUUAGUUAAAGCGAGAGAAGAGUUAGAGGGAACCAUUUUUUGGUUUUUUCGAGAGAGAAAAAACAACAACAAAAAAACUUAAAACUAUCGCUUUGGACUCGGAUCCAGAUGGGAGCUGCGGGGCUGGAGCCGACAGGAGAUGAACGAUGGAUAUACUGAAGGGGAUAAGCAUCAGCAAGCACCGCUGGAGAUGUAUUCCGAUGAACAGUGAACAUUACUGGAGAGGACAAAGCCAGAAUUCUAUGCACAUGUGAUUGGAUCUGAGCUUGCUCUGACCUGAGACCAUUAAAAUGGAGUUGCUAUGGAAACUCAUAGUGCUGCUGUCAUUGGUGGAGUAUCUGACAGGAAGUGGAGUCCUGCUAAGGCCCGUAUUCACUAAGCAACCAGGCAGUGUGGUGUUUCCCAUUCAGCCUGGCGAGAAUCGCAGAGAGGUGGUGUUUAGCUGUGAGGCCCAAGGACACCCACCGCCCUUCUACAGGUGGAUGCUAAACGACUCCUUCAUCCUGCCCAUGCCGGGCUCACGUUUCUCCCUCAUGGGUGGGAACUUACACAUCACCAAUCUGAAUAAAGACGAAGACGUGGGCAUCUAUCAGUGCUUUGCAUCAAACUCGUUUGGCACAAUUAUCAGCAGAGAGGCCAGUCUUCAUGUUGCUUACUUGGAGAAUUUCAAGACCCAGAGAAGAAAUCCAGUGAGGGUUCGUGAAGGUCAAGGAGUGGUCUUACUGUGUGGCCCACCCCCUCACUCAGGAGGUUUGACUGCAGUGAGCCCCACUGUUCCCCCGCUGAGGGAAAAAUGA